UGAAAUGGUAGCGCCUGCUUUGUCUGAGAUUCCUCGCUCCUUCUUCUGCCCCUCCCCUGCGCCGAUCCCCCAAAAGCAGGCGCACCUUCCUCCGCCCUCACGAUUCUUGUGAAUGAGGAAUACGUGCACUUGGUUCCUUCCCAACUUACAUGCACAUCCUAGAACCUCAUUUUCUGCAUGUCUCUCCAAGAUCACAAAACCAUCUUCCAAGUUGCGAGAACAUCACCACGCCAUGACACAAUUGAGCGGCCUUUUCUCCGCGCCUGUCGGUGAUACCUCCGAUGGGCGAUCUCCCCGUCCCGCUUUCCCCACAUUAUCUCCGUAAACCGGGCCCGCGGGGUCGUGCUGCGUGCACUUGUACGGAGUAACGAGGACCGAGGCAGAUCAGGACAGUAGGGCAGACCAAUGUUCAUCAUUGUCGCUUUUUAAAACCAAAACAUCGCAAGAGAGCUCUUCAACUGAAAAUCACCAACUCCUCCUCCAGCCCACACAGACCAUGAAGAUCCUCAUCACCGGCGCAGCCGGUUUCGUCGGCCAACUCCUCGCCAAGACACUUCUCAACGAUCCCAUGGGCCAACACACCCUCGUCCUCACAGACAUUGUCGAGCCCCCGAUCCCCGCGGGCGUCCAGCACCCCCAGAACGCGACAUGUCUCAAGGCCGACCUGCUCACGCAGUCGGACGCCGUCGUCCGCAAGGACCUCGACGCCGUCUUCAUCUUCCACGGGAUCAUGUCGUCCGGGUCCGAGGCGGACUUUGACCUCGGCAUGCGUGUCAACUUUGACGCGACGCGGAAUCUGCUCGAGACACUGAGGACAGUCUGCCCCGGCGUCAAGGUCCUGUACACCUCCUCGCAGGCCGUAUACGGUGGACCGGUCCCGACACCUGUGUCCGAGGCGGUGCGGGCCACGCCAGAGUCGUCGUACGGCUGCGCCAAGAUGAUGUGUGAAUACCUCAUCACCGAGUACCAUCGCCGGCAGUUUGUCGACGCGCUGAUCUUUAGGUUGCCGACAAUCUCGGUACGACCGGGGAAGCCUACUGCCGCGGCGAGCUCGUUUCUCAGCGGUAUGAUCAGAGAGCCCAUGCAGGGGAUCGAAUGUGUCAUCCCCGUCAAGAACCGGUCGUACGAGCACAGGCUAUGCUCGCCGGGCACGCUGGUCGGGAAUCUGGUGCACUCGCUGUCUCUGCAUAGGCACGUCCUGCCCGAGUUUGAUAGAGUCAUGACGCUGCCGGGCAUCACCGUCACCGUGCAGGACAUGAUGGACUCGUUGGCCAGGGUGGGCGGGGAGAACAAGCUGAAGCUCUUGAGAGAGGAGGAGGACGAGGCGCUGAAGAAGAUUCUGUACUCGUGGCCGGCGGAAUUUGACUCGAGCAGGGCGCUCGGGCUUGGCUUCAAGGCGCCGGGGUCCAUGGACGACAUUGUUCGCGAGUUCAAGGCGUACCUAGCGCAGUAAAUUGUCUACAAGAUCUUCAAUCACAGGGGUAUUAUCUUCGACCCAUGCA